CCUCUCUUCCUGCUCCUCCUCUUCCUCUUCCUCCAAAAAGGCUUCUUCUUGGCCUGAUAGCCACUCUCCUUUCUUUCCAUUUAUCAUACCCUUCGCUCCUUUGCUCAAAAAUAACCAUCGUUUUCCAUCAUUUAUCUUUUAUGCCCUCUUGCCUAUCGUAAGGCACCUUCCCUGUCCUUUCUCUUUUGCUUUUCCUAUAUCCUCGUACUCUUCCUUGAUCAUUUUCCCCUCUUUAGACAACCUUAAAAGUCUGUGUAUUAUAUAUACCCUCAUCCUUCUGUCAAUUCCAACAUGGCAAGAGUAACCGACGCACGAUACAUUUGUCAAAGCGCUGCCAAUGCCAUCAUUUCAGAGAUUGGUCCAUACCGAGUGUCAAACGAUGCAUUGCAAGCAAUCAACCAGUUUCUCGACGAAUUCCUCGUGUAUUUACUCUCGUCCUCUUUAUCACUCGACCUGUCUCGCAUAAAAGCCGUUGUUUUCACGCUCUUGCCAUCGACCUUGGGCAAAAACGCUAUUGUCGAAGCCGAACUCGAAGUCAAAACGUUUACGGAGACCGAAGCCAUCGACUAUGAAUCAUAUGAACGUAUGCGGAUGCUUGGUGGUACCAACGGCACCUUCCCGCUCAACGAUGCACUCCCGCUCUUGCGAGAAAAGUGUCUAGAGUUCUGUACUUUGGCGGAUAGGGAGGAACCAAGCAACUCUGCGUUUAUGAACAACACUUCAGCAAUCGAAAUUUCAAUUGCACCUAUUGUUGCUAUUUAUGUAACGACCGUUCUAGAACACAUUGCCGAGUAUGUUCUCACGGCGAUCGCCAUGACGGCAGAAAACGAGGAUAUCGAGUAUAUCCGUGUCAAAGAAGUGUUUCUGGCUUUGAUCGAUGACGUUCAGGUUGGUGGUGUGUUUUAUCGCAUGGAGCUGCGAGAGAAACUUGAGAAACGAGCGUUUGCAUAUGGCUAUAGACCCCGGACUUCGACGUAUGCCCCAUCCAUCCAGCAGCAAAAGCAUGUACGCAGCUCAACUGCAGGAAGUGCCCAUAAUGGGGCAGGUGAUAAUGGUGCAGGAUUCCUCGACAUAACAUUCGAUGAUUUGGAUCUCGGUUACGAUGACGACGAAGGUGAUCGACCCAACAAUAACAACGGCGGACUGAGUCGCAACGAGCACCUCUCUAUGUCUGCUUAUUCCAUGAAAUCCAAUUUCAGCCAGCAGCGCCCGACCUCCAUGAUGAGCAGUAGCACCAGUAACGGAACCAUCAGCACGUUCGACAGUGCUCAUAACAACAACAACAACAACAACAACAAAAAGGCCUUCAAAGUAUUCAAUAAGGACGGGCCACCAGAGAGACCUGUUUCUGUCUCUGUUUACGAUCCAGAUGCGCCUACCAUGAAUUUUGAAGAUCUCAUUCGGUCUGGCAACACAAUGCGAGUAUCGCUAACACCAAACCGGCUACGAUCUAUUGAGGUAAAGGAUCAGACAGUCGAUGAACCUCCAGCUGCGGUUUCUUGGGAGAGGCGAUCCACUACCAGCAUGUCACGCACUCGCGGUUCAGCACCCCCUUCUCGCUCUGCAUCACCUGCACCACGUGGCGACACCAGGACGUAUUCAAAUGUGCCUCUCCCUCGUCCUCCUGUUACUUCUACCAGCAGUCGAGCCUCAUCCCCAUCGCCAUCAGUGAAAAAGAAGGAUUCUUUCUUGGAUGACGCGCUGCAGGAGUACGAAAGCCUACAAAAGUCAAAUCUGGGCCCAAGAGCGACCACCCCUGCAGCAACACCAACUGCACCGAUCGAGCAACAUCCUACCAAAGCACGUUCUUCUCAGGUAUCAGCACCUGCAUCAGUUUCACCGCCUACUAGAAAGCAACCUGCUAUUUCUUCUAUCAUCACUACCACUACUGCUACUACUACUUCACAGGCUGGUCAUUCACGCUUUGAAAAUCCUCGAGAAGCGCCUGAACCACCCAAGCCGAAGGAAUCACCUAUGCCUGCUGUUGCACCUUCCCCACCGACCCCUUCACAGCAGCAUGCCCCAGCCGUGCCCCCGGAGCUGCAACAACAGCACAAACCAGCGACGACAUCUUCUCCAAUCGAGAAAGUUGAAAAAUCUGUACCAACUACUCCACAAAAGAAGGAGGAACAGCAGCAGCAGCCGCAGCCGCCUAGAAUUAUGCGACGCAGUAGCAUGAGCAGCAGAAAGAGUCGCGAAAAUCUCCGUCGUCAACGCGAGAAGGAGGAGCAAGCACUUGCUGCUGCUGCAUCUACGGAGCUUCCAAAGCAACAGAAGCAGCAACAACCAUCUACAUCGUCACCUUCUUCUUCACCUGUCAUCUCCGCCAAGAGCAGCCAAGAAAGCGUCCGCGAUGACUCCAUUUUGCCUUCGCCCCCAGCAAGUGGAAACGCAUCAGCCACUAGCAAAGAUUCAAUCAAGGAACGAGAUGAACAACAAAAGGUUAUGGACAGUGAAGAAGAGGAAAAGAAGGCGGUGCAUUUUGACAACAGUGAUGAUGAUGAUGAUGAUGCCGUCGCUGAUUCGCCUGUUGAGAUGACCAAGGAAGAGCAGCAAAAGCUCAAACAAGACGUACCUGAACGUCCUUCGACCAUCGUGGCCAAGCGUGCAUCCAUGGCAGGCUCCUCUCGACGACAGUCGCUUCAUGAAAGCUAUGCAGUUGGUGAAAAGCUGGACACUGUUCGCCAGCGCUUGUCGACAGCUGGAUCUGUUGAAAUGUCUGUCAAGGGAUGGGAAACUAUCAUGAAACACGGUGACGAUGCCAUUACGCCUGCUGCUCAAAGACGUCGUCGAUCCACGAUGAAGCGUCCCGAGGAGGACGAAGAAAAAGAAAAUUCCUCUACGACUACUACUACUACUACUACUGUUGUUGCUGCUGCUGCUGCUGCUACGGCCACGACGACGACUACUAUUACUGGCAGCAGCCCACAGCCAAGAGAUCCACCAUUAGCUAGUCGACAACCCCGCCCUGUCAGCAGUGUACUUGACAAGGUGAUGCAGUUUGAGCAGGCCAACUCGCUGGACGAUUUCGCACAACAACAUCACCGACAACACCGAGCAUCUGCCUAUAUCCCGCGUCGUGAACGAUUUUUGUAUUUGCAACGAGAGCCUGGUGUUCUCGAACGACGCACGAACACAUUCGCUAAUAAGCCACGUCCGAUUGCUGUUGAUGCUGAAGUCCAGACAGAACCAAUAGCAUUGCCUACUGCUAGCACCAGCACCAGCACCACCGAAGAUGAUAACGCGCCGCCAGCACUUGUCAUCACUACGGAGGACGAUAUGGGUGUAACCACCCGCAAGGAGCUCGACAUGGAAAGCGGCAGUGAGCACGGUAUGGUGGAUGGUGACGAGGAAUGGUUCCUGCAGGACGAUGAAUGGGAAGAUACGCAAGAACAAGAGACUGCCGUUGUUGAAUGGCUUCUUGGUGAAGCGUAAGAGAUCCUCCUAUAGCAUGUAGAAAGAAAAAAGACCACGCCAUCACACACAAACCACCUGUUUCCCUCUUCCUCUAUAUUUCUCCUUGUCUUGCCACUUUUUAGUAGUUUUAAUAAUAACUUGAUGCAGUAAUAAGAUUGCUCUUUCUCGCCUUCUCGGCACCUUAGU